AAACUGAAGACGGAAGCGGGCGGCAGUUGAAGACUUGAAGGCCGAUUUUCAGUCCGCAAGAACACUCACAAGCGGCAAUAGCAAAAGUCAAAAUUCAAACUGCAAUGCGCAUGCAAUCGGUCAUUCGCAGUUUGUUUUGAACAUUUUAAAUGCAUGUGACAGUAAUUUUGAAUGAUUUGUCUUUUCUUACUUAAAAGUUUUGUCAUUGUCUCCGGCGGUUUUAGUCUGCGUCAUUAACCAUUUUCUGCAAACUUGAAGCUCGGAUAUUACCAAUGUGGUUCAAUAAGUGUCGUCUGAUAUCCGGAACUUGCCGGAAUGUUAUCAGAAGAUCUGUUUCUACCUGGGAAUCCUCCUUUCUUCGAUACGCUGAGCAUGGCGAUCCUGCUAAAGUUCUGCGUUUGGAAACUGAACAGCUGUCGCAGAACCUCUUUCCAAGCCAUGUGGCCGUGAAGUUUCUGGCCUCCCCCAUCAACCCCGCGGAUAUCAACACUGUUCAGGGUGUGUAUGCUAUCAAACCUCCGCUACCGUCUGUCGGAGGGAGCGAAGGAGUCGCCGAAGUGAUUGCAGUGGGAGCUGGAGUCGCAGACAUCAAAGUGGGUGAUCGUGUCAUUCCUGCCAAUCCCGCAACAGGAACAUGGCGCACCUAUUCUGUUGUGCCACAAGAGAAUCUGCUCAAAAUCCCUGCAGAUUUACCAAUUGCCCAGGCUGCGACUUUAGCCGUCAAUCCUUGCACGGCGUACCGAAUGCUGCAUGAUUUUGCGAGCCUCCGGCCAGGAGAUGUGGUGGUACAGAACGGAGCCAACAGCGCAGUUGGACAAGCUGUGAUUCAGAUUGCGGCGCACAAUAAAUGGAAAACAAUCAACAUCAUUCGGGAUCGGCCAAAUAAAGCAGAUGUUGCGCAACAACUGGCGUCCUUAGGAGCGACAUAUGUGAUAACGGAUGCUGAUUUUAAACGAUCUCAGCUGAUUGAAGAUCUGCCCAAAGCCCGCGUUGGAUUCAACUGCGUAGGUGGGAAAGCGGUGUCUGAUUUGAUCAAAAUCCUGGAACCGGGUGCCACACUGGUUACAUACGGCGGCAUGUCAAAGCAGCCAAUGAUUGUGCCGACCACGGCAAUGAUUUUCAAGGAUAUCAUCUUGUGCGGAUUUUGGAUGACACGUUAUAACUCAGAGGUCUCACUGGAGGCACGCAGUGAAAUGCUUGACAGUGUCGUUGCGAUCAUGAAGGCCGGAAAGUUGCAACCGCCAUUGCUGGAGCCGGUUCUGCUCAAAGAUUUUCGAGGAGCUAUGGAAAGAUCACAAGAAGGUUUUGUUGGUCGAAAGCAACUGCUCGUAAUGGACGACAGUGUAUUUUCUCAGGUGAAAAAAGAUAUGGGCGAUUUACAAGAUCGUUGUACGUGAACCUGAAGCCAAAACGUAGUUGAUGUGGCGGUGACGGGAUGCAUGUUUGCAGCAAUGCACAUUCUUGAAGUGGGAAUAAAUGUUGCGCUGUAAAAUUGUAUUAUAUACUGUAUUGAAAUGA